CGAAGAGCGGUCGGACGUUCACGAGACGGCCCGAGCGCGGGGUCGGAGGUCACCUCCGAGCGCCGAGGCCGCCUCCGGAAGUUCCCGAACGCCUCCGAAGCUCCUGGGAGGGCAGGCAGCAGCGCCACACAAGAUGGCGGACGGGGAGGAGGUUACUCUGGACGGGAGGCCGCUUCAGGCGUUGAGGGUCGCCGACCUGAAGGAGGCUUUGGAGCAGCGGGGCCUGUCUAAGAGCGGGGCGAAGAACACGUUGAUUAAGCGCCUCCGUGGGGCCCUGAUGCUUGAAAACCUCCAGAAGCAUUCAACCCCACACACCACCUUCCAGCCCAAUUCCCAGAUCGGGGAGGAGAUGAGCCAGAACAGCAUCAUCAAGCAAUACCUGGAGAAACAGCAGGAGCUGUUGAGGCAGCGUCUGGAACGGGAAGCUCGGGAGGCAGCUGACCUGGAAAGCAAAACGUGCGUCAUCUCGCGCAAGAGGGAAGAAGAGGAAGAAGAGGAAUCCCGCAAACCGGAAGGGCAUCUCUCUCGGGUCAGGCAGGCCAGAGUGGUGAAGACUGCGGGAGGCAGUCAUGCCCUGGUGAGCGAAGAGCGGGAGCCUUCCCUUCGGAGUCGCAGAGUUGCCCAGCGGGUGCCCGUCAAAGAGGAGGAGGAAGAGGAGGAGGAGGAGGAAGAAGAAGAGGAGGAGGAAGAGGAGGAGGAGGAAGAGGAGGAGGAGGAGGAAGAUGCGCCUCCUUUGCUGGUCGGCCAGACGCCCAUGAGGCCAGAGGAGCCGGGCAUGCCGGCUCCCCAAGAGACGGGCAUGUUCCAAGCUUCCCUGCCCAUCGUCCUGCAAGCCCAGCAAACGGAGGCUCGUGCUCAGAUGCCAGACAGCCCGAGCUGUGAAGCCGCCAUGCCAGUCCUCGCCCACUUGCAGAGGUCAGAAGAUGAGGAGGAGGCGGCUCAGCCCCAGGCGACGCUUCCAGGGGACAAGCAGCCGGCAGCUCUAACCCCCGGGGAAGCCCCCGAGGCCCAAGAAAAGGAGCCCCUCCCGGCCACCCCAAGGGAGGAGGCUGCCCCCCAGUUACCUGAAGCCUUAAAAAUGGAGGCCGAGGAAGAGCCAGGCCUUCCGAAGGAGCCGAGGUCGACCGGCCUCUCCGAGGUGCCCCAGGAGAAGGAGCAGGAGGAGGAGAUGAUGGAGCAGGGUGAGACCCCAGAGGUCGGGUUACAGAAAGAGGCUGAACCCCAGAGCGAGGAGACCCUCGAGGGGGCAGCCACCCGGGCACUGCGCAGCCUGGAGGAAGAGACGUCUGCUGCCGCCGCGGCGCUGGUGCAGGCCUCUCCGUCUCCCCCCCAGCUGAUUGACGCCCAACAGGCCCAACAGGAUCCUCGGGGAGACGAGCCGCCCCCUCCGCUCUUGACCAAGGAAGCCCCCGGGGGACUCGCUCCGGCCGAAGACGAAGCCCCUCCUCAGCUCUCGCAGCCGUCUCCCCCCGCUCAGGAAGCUCCGGCUGGAGCCAGCCUCGGAGUCUCGCCGUCCCCUUCAGCGCUCCCGCCACAAGCACCCGUACGGCCUGGCAGCUCCCGCUCCUCCUCCUCCUCGUCUUCCAGCUCCUCCCGUUCUCGUUCCCGCUCCCCGGGCAGCUCGCCGCCCCGCUCCCGGGCCAGGAGGCCCCGCUCCGCUUCCUCCGAAUCACCUGCUCGGAAGCGGCCAGUGUUGGGAUCUCCGUCCCGCUCCGGUUCGGAGCGGCGCAGCAGUUUGGGCUCCCGGUCCAGAUCCCGCUCCAGCAGCGGGGGCAGCAGCGGCAGCAGCCAGUCCCGUAGCCGUGAAGCUUCGCGGGACAGCGCCGGCGUCCAUCCCACCAAAGAGUCCUCCCCGCACGGGCCGUGGCUCCCACCCCGCAGCCCCAAGGCCCAGCACCAAGAGAUCCCGCCAAGCCCCAAGGAAGAAGGGAAACGCGUCCCUUCCCCUCCUUCGGAUCCUCAGAGGCAACACAGCCACACCCCACCACCGCAGCAGCCACCAGCAGCACACAGCGUGGAGACCGAGAGCACGUUGCCAGAACGAGCCAGCCCAGAGCCCCCCUUUCCAGCGGACGGGUCCAGCCUAGAGAGUGGGGGUCCCGCCUCAGACCCGCAGCGCCUGGCCGAGCCAUUGCGUAGUAAAACCGAGGAGAAGCAGACGGUGCCCAUGGAGCUGUCGGAGCCCCACCCGGAGAACGAGGCCCUGGAGCCCGGUGGCCCCGAGGAUCAGCCCUCCGCAGACCCCCCGGGCCCCGAAGCGGGCCCUGAAGACGAGGAGAAGAAAGAGGGUUCGGCUCAGCCCAAGGCCUUCAAGAGGAAAAUCUCCGUCGUCUCCUCCUCCGUGGCCAAGGGGGCCGUCGCCACGAACAGCGACACUGAAGGAAGCCAGCCGGCGGGCCGCAAACGGCGCUGGGGAGCCAGCACGGCCACGACCCAGAAGAAACCCUCCAUCAGCAUCACCACAGAGUCCCUCAAGAGCCUGAUCCCGGAGAUUAAGCCGCCGCCUGGAGGCCAGGAAGCCGUGGUGGAGCUUCAUGCCGACGACUCCCGCAUCUCCGAAGACGAAGCCGAGCGCCACUUGGAAGAGCCGGCGCACGAGAAAGCCCUCAAGAUAUGCCGCACGGUCACCCAGGUGGUCCCUGUCGAAGGGCAAGAGAAGGGCCAAGGGGAGGAGGAGGAGGAGGAGGAAGAGGAGGAGGAGGAAGAGGAGAAGGUCCACGAGGAAGAACAGCCGGAGGUGGCGCCUGUUGUCGCUGUAGAGACGGUGGUCCUGCCUCUACCGGUAGAGCACGAAGUCAAAAAAGUCACGCUGAGCGACACUCUCACCCGGCGGUCCAUCAGCCAGCAGCGCUCCGGGGUCUCCAUCACCAUCGACGACCCUGUCCGCACGGCCCAGGUCCCCUCUCCUCCCCGCGGCAAGGUCAGCUGCAUCGUUCACAUCUGCAACCUGGUGAGGCCCUUCACCCUGGGUCAGCUGAAGGAGCUUCUCGGCCGGACGGGCACCCUGGUUGAGGAGGCUUUUUGGAUCGACAAGAUCAAGUCGCACUGCUACGUCACCUAUUCAACAGUGGAAGAAGCUGUCGCGACGCGGAACGCCCUCCACGGGGUCAAGUGGCCACAGUCUAACCCCAAGUUUUUAUCGGCAGAUUUCGUGGAGCAGGAUGAGCUGGACUUCCACCGGGGUCUUCUGACCGACCGUCCCGCAGAGGCCAAGGCAGACGAAGUGCCCACCUUCCCCGGGGCGGGCCCGACCACCCGGGGGGAACGGGAGCUGUCCCGGCGCUCGGAGGCGCGGGAGCGGGAGGCGGCCGUGCGGGAGCAGUGGGCCGAGCGGGAGCGAGAGAUGGAACGCCGGGAGAGGACCCUGGCGGAGCGGGAGUGGGACCGGGACAAGGUGCGUGAGGGCCCGCGCUCUCGCUCCCGGUCCCGAGAGAGACGCCGCAAGGAGCGGCCCAAAUCAAAGGAGAAGAAAGCCGAGAAGAAAGAAAAAGCCCAAGAAGAACCCCCGGCGAAGCUUCUCGACGAUCUGUUCCGUAAAACCAAGGCAGCCCCCUGCAUUUACUGGCUGCCCCUCACAGAUAUCCAGUAUGUCCAGAAACAGGCCGAGCGAGCGGCCCGCGCCCGAGAACGGGAACGCCGGCGCAAAGAACUGGAAGCCGAAGAGGCCCGUCAGCGAGAACGCAACCGCCAAGCCGAGCGCGACAAGCGGCGGGAACACAGCAGAGAGCGGGAACGCGAGCGCCCCAAUGCCACCAGCGGCGGCGGGGCCAGCCGAGCGGGCGAACGCAGCGGCCGAGGAGGAGACCGCGAACGGCGCGAGGCCAAAAGCCGCCACAGCCGGAGUCGAAGUCGGAGCACACCUGUACAGGACAGAGGGGGGCGCCGCUGAGCUAUUCCCCAGCCUUUCUUUUGACCUUCAGCGGGGAGGGGGAGUUGGUGGUUGGGGGCACUUCCCCCCCCCCCCGAAUCGAGCUCCUAGUAAGGAAGAACAAGGGGGGAGCGAGUUUCUUUGUCCACCACUGGAAGGGCCGAGAGUGCCCGGCAGGGCGGGCAGCCGAAGUGGUAGGGCUCUGCCCCCUCCCUCCCCCUAACGUGGGGAUGAGUUUGAUUCCUGACCCCCCCCCCCUCCUGCUCCCUUCUUCUGGAGCCAGUGUCCUUCCCGUUGAUUUGUAUUUUAUUUUGGGCAAAUGUUUUUUUUAUUCUUCUGAUGAUACAGGAAAAGAGAGCAUAAUAAAGAGAUGGCGUUAGUUUUAAA